CCCUCCUAGCCGCAGAGGCCCUCCCUCCCUCCCGCAGAAGGCUCUCAUUUGAGCUUCCUCUCCUGUCGUGUCGCCGCGAUCCUCUGGCAUCCUCCCAUCUGUCACCUGCACUUGCGCGCUUUCAACCUCUCGUGGCCUUUGUUCCCUCAAUUUCACUCGAGACUGCUCCACAAUCGAGUUCGCCUGGUACUUGCAUGCUCUGUCAAAUCGUUUCAGGGAACACGGUUGGGCUGUCGAAUUUCGCGAAUUUGUUUUGACCCUCUUGUUGCAGAGAAUGUGCCAAGUUGGUUUGGCGCUAGUUGAGUAUAACCUCACCACCCUUUUGAUAUAAAUCAGUACUCCUUGCCUCCACGUUACAAGCCUUAUUGUCGGUGGUCGUCGUGGUUCCAGAUUUUUUCGUUGAGUCUGUCGUUGGGUAGUCUGGUGAGGAGCACGGCAUUUCACGUGUUUCUCGUUUGAGAGAUUCUUUGCUGUUGGGAUCGAUCUUUUUGAGCACACGAUCUCCUCGCGUUGCUGCUCAAUGUCGCUAGGUUGAGGUUAAUUCUAACUACAGCGUUUCCGUCGUCUCGGGGCGGCGACGUCAUUAGUAACCCUUGGUGUGAAUUCUUUGAUCCUUGAUUCUUUUGUUUGAGUCCUCGGGGUCCAGAGCACUCGGAAGUUUUCUUCUCCGUUCCUGUACAUCCGAAUCGUUGCUCAUGCUUUUGACUGCAUUUCUCAACUGUUCUUGUAUCGAGGCUAUAGAAGCCACAUGUCCACCGUCUCAAUUUGUUGUUUCCUAGGAUUUGUGCAGCAGCUCUUUUAACGACUGACUCGAAACCGCAAACAAAGUUGUAUGACUGUUUGAGACCAAGGUCGAAAAGUAUCAUUUUCUCAUUAUUGCGACAGAAGUGACGGUCGAGAAGCACACAGAUCUGGGAGGGGACAUCGUAACAAAAGCAGCGAAAAUAGGGAGGCCAUAUCUCGCCCCUUGUGCGCCGCCGGGCACAUACCCGCCGGCACCGAGUUCUCCAGGCGAUGAGAAGAUGUGGCGCUGUCAUGGCGCUACCUAUGCCGAGCUCGUCGCCAACUUGCAAAAGCAUGGCAUCUUAACCUCGCCAGAAGCGGCUGUUGCUAUGUCCAAAGUGGACAGGAAGAUCUUUGUUCCAGAUUCUAAGCUAGCUUACCACGAUGCUCCUCAAGUAAUAGGUUAUGGAGCAACAAUUUCUGCGCCACACAUGCAUUCGUAUUGUCUAUCUCUGCUCGCUGAUUAUUUGAAGCCUGGAAGCAUUGUCCUCGACGUAGGUUCUGGCUCUGGUUAUCUCACUGCUGUCUUCGGCCUCAUGGUUGGAGAGACUGGUCAUACCGUAGGAGUAGAGCAUAUUCCUCAACUUGUUGAGAGGUCGAUCGACGCCAUAAAAAUGACUCCUGCUUCGUCCCUCAUGGAAAUGGGCCGUCUUGUAGUUCAUGUCGCUGAUGGAAAACUUGGCUGGGAAGAGUGUGGACCCUACGAUGCCAUUCAUGUCGGAGCUGCCGCAGCGGAUCUCCCGGAAGCUCUGGUGCAGCAGCUGAAGCCAGGCGGUCGCAUGGUGAUUCCUGUUGGGACAGAUUCUCAGGAGCUUAUGAUUGUUGACAAGCUACUCGAUGGGACAGUGAAGAAGACCAAUGAGUUGGGCGUUCGUUAUGUGCCACUCAUUUAACAUCCUACAUAAUUCUUCUGUUCGAUAACUACGAUGGGCAGUAGCAGGACACCAACGUUCUUAGGAAUAGGGGCUUGCGAAACUCCCGCAGCGGCACCAAUGACCUGUAGUACAGUUUUUAUCAUGCUUUACGAAGUAAGGAGGCAUAGUCUUAGUGCCCUACCAGUUCCAUUUAGUGGGACAAUCCUAGGUUCAAAUUUUGACACUUAUGGUCUAAUUAGGGAUCCGGUCUCGGUCCCUUCCAGCGGAGGAGCUUUGCAAAUUUUUGUGCGUGGAACUCAUGCUUACUAUUUGUUUCCUGGUCUAUUCAGCUAAAGAUGACUUGUUUAUGCCAACUUGUUCACUUUAGCCACUAGGAAUAAAGAUCAGGUCGUUAUUAUCCUA